GAGAGAGAGAGAGAGAGAUUUAUUUCUUGUGUUGGCACAGCUAACAGAGAAUUGAUGUCAGUCCGGUAAAGUAAGGAAAUUAAGAAUGCCUUUCCUUGUUUUUCUUUUAGCAAACUACUCAGCUAAUAAGAUAAUCAGCUGAUAUAUAUAUAUAUAUACUUAAAAAAUAUUUACGCAUAUAUAUGUAUAUAUAUAAAUAUAAAACCGAAAGAAAAUUAUUUCAACAUUAUAUAAAAUGAUGCGUCAAAUAUGUAGUUAAAAAAGGAAAGUAAUUAUCAAGUGACGAGGUGAAGUUUUUUUCAAAUAUGCCUAUUGAUCAAGAUAUGUGUAAAACAACCCCAAUUUGGGAUAACAGAGGCAUUAUUAUUGUUAUUAUUAUGAAGAGAACAUUAUCAUUAUUAUUAAUCAAUUGGUUAUCGUGGAGACUACAGCACCACGCAUUGAUAAGCUUGUGGACUGUCACAGGCGGGAAACAUUUACCCUUUUUCAACCUCUUAGUUUGACCAAAUAUGUAUUGCUAUUCGUUUUCAGGAUUGUAAAAAAUCAGUCUCCUUCUUUUCACUCCCCAACCCUCGCUUUUCUCUCUCUCUCGGCGAAGAAAGAAAGACACUUUUAAUUCUACGACACUAUACAUUUUAACUAAGAUCUUUCUGCUAUAUUCAGCUUCUCUUGUCUUGGAUAAGAAAAAAAUUGCGUGGAAUCUGAACUAAUUCUGUCAUCGACUGUGCUUCAUAUAUGGAAAAAUUGCUUAACUCGAAUGCAUUUAAUUAUCGUGGAAUAAAUUAGAGACGAAAUUAGUGGCUACCGUGGCGAUUUUAUUUUGGUUGAUACUCCAAAAAAAAAAUGUUUUAAUUCUCUUUUUAUUUAUGAAUCGUUUGUGUUCAUGGCACACCAAAGCAGUCCGGGAAACCCGUGUCACGUGACUCUUUCAACCAAUCGUUUUCUCGGCAUUUCCCAUUAUGCGCGAAAGAAAUGCGCAGACGACUAGUAAUGACAACAAUAUGCCGUCGGAAGCUCCGGUACUCCCAGCACAGACGGAGAAACCCCAACAUUAUGCGUAUCUAAAAGAGUUCCGAACACAACAAUGCCCACUGUUUCUUCAACAUAAAUGCACCCAACAUCGGCCGUUUACUUGUUUCAACUGGCAUUUCAUGAAUCAACGGCGGCGCCGGCCCAUCCGCCGGCGGGACGGUUCUUUUAACUAUAGUCCAGACAACUAUUGUAAUAAAUAUGACGAGGCCUCGGGCCAUUGUCCAGACGGAGAAGAGUGUCCCUUUUUACAUCGGACUGCAGGAGAUACAGAGAGAAGGUAUCAUUUAAGGUAUUACAAAACAGGGACCUGUAUAUACGAAACAGAUUCCAAAGGCCAUUGUGUCAAGAAUGGCCCACAUUGUGCAUUUGCUCAUGGAGCACAUGACCUGAGGCCACCAGUAUAUGACAUUAGGGAACUCCAAAUGAUGGACACUACUGAGAAAACUUUACAAACAGUAACAUCGAGCAGUUUAGAAAAAGAAAGGGCUUUAACUGAAGACCCUAGAUGGAAUGACACAGGAUAUGUUUUAGCAAAUUAUAAAACUGAACAAUGUAAGCGGCCACCACGACUUUGUCGACAGGGCUACGCUUGUCCUCAGUUCCAUAAUUCUAGGGAUAGAAGAAGAAGUCCUAAAAAGUUCCGAUACAGGUCAACGCCAUGUCCUAAUGUUAAACAUGGUGAUGAUUGGGGAGACCCUGCUCAAUGUGAAAAUGGAGAUAAUUGUUCUUAUUGUCACACUAGAACUGAACAACAGUUUCAUCCAGAGAUUUAUAAAUCAACAAAAUGUAAUGAUAUGGUACAAAAUAGUUUUUGCCCUCGUGGGUCAUUUUGUGCUUUUGCACAUGUUGAACAGGAAAUGACAGCACAGAGAGAAUUAAAUUUAUCAAGUGAUAAUUCUUUAGCAGCAUUUGUAACUAACGCUUUACCACAAAGUAGUAAUAAUUUAGAAAAUAACGAAGGCAAAGGAAUGUUGCUUCAAAAUCAAAAGGAGGAUUCUAAUUCUAUAGGUGGUAACCAGUCACCAAAGCUUCCAGAUCCAAUUGGUAAAGAACGUUGUAACAGUAUUUCUCACACAUUAAACAAUUUAGGAUAUGCUAAUCACUCCAGUAGUCCACUUCCGGAACCUAUAGGAAAGGGUCGAACAAGUAGUACUUCUAGUAGCAUUAACUCAGACAAUGGUAGUCCAGGGCAAUACCAGAGAACUCUUAGUUCAACUCGAGAAGAAGGCCAAGCAAAACUUCGGCAACAGUUACAAGCUAUAGAAAAUGAUUUGACUAUAGAUACUAGUGAAAAAGCUACAAGGAAACAAAAUUUAGUUUUACUGCAUAAUUUUAAUCAAAGUUUUAGUGGUUCUCUUUCUCCUAUUAACCCUUCUACAUCAAAUAUGUCUCCACAUGCUCCAUCAUUUUACCCUCCUGGUGAAACUGUUGAAUCUGUUGUAGGUAGUGCUCUUGAUGACCUUAGCCUGGAUGAUUUUGACUUUUCUAGUAUUGAUAAAGAAUUGGACCGUGAGGAUUCUAAUUCUGUUAGCAGUUCUCUUAGUACAGGAUUAUCUGGAACAGGUUGCUUUGGAGCCACAUCUGUUCCGGUUAGUAUUCCUCCUCGUGGUAUCCAACGAGGCAGCAUUGGCAGUCUGUCACAGUCACCAACCUCCCCCUUUGGUAGUUUUAGCACAACCCCUGCCGGGCUAAUACCACAGCUUCCUUUGACCCAGCAACCAAAAACUGUUCCUGCAGAGCCAUUGGAUCAAACUGCUGCAGCGUUCCUAAGUCAACCAAACCCAGGAAUGUUUGCUAUGCCUGCUUAUACUGAGCUAAAUUCAAUGUCACCACAGAGUGGUGGUGGGCCACAUUCACCUUUAUACUCUUCAUCAUAUACAAAUAGUCAACCUUUAGAAAUGUUCAAAUUAAAAGAAGAAUUGAUGAAUUUGCGCAGUUAUUUAACUCGCAGGGAAGAAGCUUAUGUUCAAGCAAAAUCUGCUUGUGAGGCAUGGAAAAAAGAAGAAGAAGAAUCUCUUAGGAAAAUGAAACUUGUUGCCAAACAAAGGGAUGAGGCAUUAAGUCGUGUGAAGACACUGCAAAUGGAAGUGGAAAAGCUUAAAUCUGGGUCUUCUCUCAAUUCUUUUCCACUCUGUUCUCAAAGCAACGAAUUAGAUCACCUUGCUUUUCAACAACUUAAACAAAUUCAACAGCAAUUAAGAAUUGAGAGUAAACAUGUGGAUGAGGUAGGUUGCACACCUUUCUGUUGGUUAAAAAAAAAAUUACUCUGUCCUUCCCCUUUAUCUCUACAUUCUCUCUCUCUCUCUCUCUCUCUCUCUCUCUCUCUCUCUCUAUAUAUAUAUAUAUAUAUAUAUAUAUAUAUAUAUAUAUACACACACAGAACAUAA